AUACAUACAUAAAUACUAACAGAACAAAGGCUAAAGCUCUCCAUCAUAUAUCAUAAUAUAUACCCAUAAUUAAAGUCACUACAGUGACAGAAACAUUUUGGGAAGUUUCCUAAUGAGAUGAGACAUCAUAAUACUAACUUCUCAGAAGUAAAUAUCAACUCGCAUUGUCGAUUAACCACAGAAACUGUAAUACUCGACAACGACACUGUUAUAUUAAUAUAGAUUAAUGUGUCGGUAAACUGAGAAAUCUAUGCUUGGACGGAUUAUUUCUCUGUGUAAAUAAUAUGAAACCGGGCGGAACUAAAAACGAACGCUGUAAGACACGUCAGCUGAAGCUGUCGGACACUUUUAACUGACGCACCGCUCCGGCUUCCUCCUCACUUCAGCAGUCAGGUGUACUCACAGCGCUUCCCUGCGUCUUGUACACACUAGGUGUUUUAAGGACAUAUUUGGAUUGAUGCCUGGCAGAUUAAAAUGGAGGCGUCUAAAUCUGUCGCACACAAGAACGGGAGGCAGCGGAAGCCUGCGAUGUCCAACUCAGACAUGCGUGCAAGAGAGUCCAAGCUAGAAAUGGAGGAUGACGAGGAGGCCCUUCUUCAAACCUCAGACCUGGAUGAUGGACAAGCGAAAGCGUCUAAUGGGAUCAACGGAGAACUGAGCAAUGUUGCACUGUUAUUAUUCCUGUAUGUGCUUCAGGGAAUUCCUUUAGGAUUGGCCGGGAGCAUCCCUCUCAUCAUGCAGAGUAAGAACGUCAGCUACAAGGACCAGGCGUACUUUAGCUUUGUGUUUUGGCCCUUCAGUCUGAAGCUGUUCUGGGCUCCUCUGGUGGACUCGCUGUACGUGAAGCGGUUUGGAAGGAGGAAGUCGUGGCUGGUUCCCACUCAGUACCUGCUGGGUCUCUUCAUGCUUUACCUGUCGUUCGCGGUGGACUCGAUGCUUCAGACGGAUGGACAGAAGGGGCCGGACGUGAUCACGCUGACCGCUGUGUUCUUCAUGCUGGCGUUCCUCGCUGCCACGCAGGACAUCGCUGUCGACGGCUGGGCUCUUACGAUGCUGUCCCGGGAGAAUGUGGGUUAUGCUUCCACCUGUAACUCUGUGGGUCAGACGGCCGGAUACUUCCUGGGAAAUGUGCUGUUUCUGGCUCUGGAGUCUGCCGAUUUCUGCAAUAAAUAUCUGAGGUUUGAGCCGCAGGAGCGGGGCAUUGUAACGCUCUCAGACUUCUUGUUUUUCUGGGGGAUCGUGUUCAUGGUCUCUACCACUCUGGUCGCUGUCCUGAAAAAGGAAAACGUCAGACACCAUCACACCAAGAAGAAGCCUAAAGAGGAGACGCAGGGUGUUAUGGAGACUUACAAACUCUUGCUGUCCAUCAUUAAAAUGCCCACAGUCUUUACCUUCUGUGCUCUACUGCUAACUGCUAAGAUGGGUUUCUCUGCAGCGGACGCUGUGACGGGGCUCAAGCUGGUGGAAGCCGGCGUUCCUAAAGAGCAACUGGCCCUGCUGGCAGUUCCCAUGGUGCCUCUGCAGAUCCUGCUGCCUCUGGUGAUCAGCAAAUACACCGCUGGGCCACGACCACUGGACGUUUUCUACAAGGCCUUCCCAUUCAGGCUGCUGAUUGGUCUAGAGUACGCCCUGCUGGUCUGGUGGACCCCGAGUGUUCGGCAGGACCAGGGCUUUCCGCUGUAUUAUUACGCGGUUGUUCUGCUGAGCUACGCCGCACAUCAGGUGGCGCUGUACAGCAUGUAUGUGGCCUGCAUGGCCUUUCAUGCCAAGGUCAGCGACCCAGUGAUAGGUGGCACCUACAUGACCCUUCUGAACACUGUGACGAAUCUAGGUGGGAACUGGCCCUCAACUCUCGCUCUAUGGCUGGUUGACCCGCUGACCUUUAAGGAGUGCCAGGGAGCGCCGGGUCAGACGUGCGGAUCGGCUGAGGAAGCAGGGCUCUGUGUCCGAGAGGGCGGCGCGUGUGUGACGACACUGGACGGUUACUAUGUUGAGUCUGUGGUGUGUGUUCUGAUCGGUAUCUGCUGGUGGAUCUUCUUUGGAAAGAAAAUGAAGCGGUUACAAGAAGAAAGUCCCUCUGCGUGGCACUGCAGGGUUGCCAAAUAAGCGUGUCCUGGCCUCUCUUUCCUCCUCUCAGAGUCUCUGCUUAUUUCUGUCACACUACAGCAGGCCUGUAGACCGGCUUUUAACUCUUUGAGGACUGAAACAGAUGAAUAUACUGUACUAUUAAAUUAUCAGCUGCAUAUGCAUUCCAUUAUGCACAAAAAAAACUUGUUUUAAUUUCAAAUGUAAGAUGUAGAUAUAUAUGACAUUCACUGCUCGGUUGCCUAUUUAAUCAAGCGUUUGUCUUACAAAUACUUGAGGUCUUGUGCCUUGUGCAUUUUUGGUUUUAGUAUGAUGCAGGUUCAACAACAACAAAAACUGUGUUGUUCUGAUAUCAAACAUGAAUGAUGAAGCAGUUGCUACAUGCA